AGCAACAGCGUCACCUAUUACUGGACAAGACUAGCCUAGGUCCUAAUGAGAUCCUUCUCAGCUUUCUCACACGCGUUAUGAAUAGAUUUGAGCGGUGGAGAUACACGCUGUGAACGGAACGCGAAUGUAAAUGCCUUUUCCGGAUGAUCACUGAAUCAGGGUAUCUGUGUCUCUCAGUGAGGAAUGCCCGAGAUUUUGUGAUCCAUUUUGUGUGCUACCGAUCGUUAGUCCUGCGAGCCGGCCUCGCGCCGGAGCUCCCUAGUGGCGUCGGCGGGGUCCUCGGUGCAGCGGAGGAACUUGAUCGCCACGAUCUGCCCGUGGCGCGGUGGCACACCUUGACGACGACGCCGGAGCCGCCCUGCUUGCCGGUGCCGCGCGUCUCCUCGUAGUCCUCGGUGCCGCUGAUCCAACCGAUGCGCCUCCUCUUGCGGCAGCCGGUCGUUUCUGGUCCUUGGCUGCUCGUAGCGUGGCCGGUGUCGUCGUGUCGAGGACGGCAGCAGGUCUCUUGCAGUUGCAGACGGCCAUGGCGCUCGGCUCGAUCGACGGCUUGGUUGGAGGCGGGAAGGGGCGAGCUUUCCGUGUGGAUCGUCUCGUCAGCAUAUAUUGAAACCGAAUCGGAAACGAAGAACCUGAAUUCGAGUCGGAAACAAACGAACCGUGAAUCCGCCAUCGGGCGGACAACGCAGGCAGCAAGGCGAACGAACUCGGACUGAAACUGAACUGAAUUCCAUGGCGACUCGGUGAGGCAACCUGUCGAAACAAAUUGCCAACGCAGAGCAUGGAUCCAUACGGAAGUUCCUCCCUCCCCCUUCUCCAUCAUCCAUCUCGCCGCCCUCUCCAGCAACCAAGGAAGUUCGCCAUGGCUGCCCGCAAGCGACCUGCUGCCGUCCUCGACGCCGGCCACGGCCACGCCACGGCUCAACAUCAACAAUCGCCGACGUGCUGCAAGAGGAGCCGCGCCUCCAUCGGGAGCACCGACGACUACGAGAAGGUGGCCCGCCUAGGCAAAGGCGGCUUCGGCGUCGUCCACAGGAUGCGCCACCGCGUCACCAAAAAGAACGUGGCCGUCAAGUUCCUCUCCUCCCCCGACGUCGAAGAUCUUGAGCGGGAGGCGCGGUUCCUCGAGGCCUGCGACGGAAACCCUUACGUCGUCGGCUUCGAGGGCCUGCUGUGCGACCCGGCCACCGGCGACACCGCCGGCCUCGUCAUGGAGUACGUCGAGGCGUCGAGCCUCCACUCUUUAUUGUGGGACAGGCGCAGCGACCCGCCGCUCCCGGAAUCCACGGUGCGCGACUUCAUGUGGAAGCUCCUGACCGGUGCGGAAAAGAUGCACGGGCACGACCGCCACAUCGUUCACCGUGACAUCAAGCCAGCCAAUAUCCUCGUCGGGAGAAACGGGGAGCUCGUCAAGAUUUGCGACCUCGGGCUGGCCAUGUCCAUGUCCGGCUGGCCGCCGUACAACCGGGCCGGCACGACGUCCUACAUGGCGCCCGAGAUGAUCCUUGGCAAGAAGGACUACGACGCGCAAGUGGACACGUGGUCCAUCGGCUGCGUCUUUGCCGAACUGCUCACCGGCAAGACGAUGUUCAAGGGCUACCUCGAAGAUGACGACGAAGACAAGACGAAGAAUGACAUAAGGCAGCUGUGGAGCAUCUUCUGUGUGCUCGGGAUGCCGGACGAGAGGACGUGGCCAGGGUUCACCUCGCUGCCGCUCACCGCCGAGGCGCUGAGACGGCUGCCGGCGGGGUGCAAGUACAGCCGGCUGCGGUAUUCUUUCCCUGAAGACAAGCUAUCCGAGGAAGGAUUUCAGGUGUUGCAAGGGCUCCUCACAUGCAACCCCGAGAAGCGGCUGACGGCAGCCGCCGCGCUGAAGCACCCAUGGUUCGAUGCUCCUCGUUCCGCCGCUGCCGCCGCCGCCGCUGCGAAGGUCGACGCUCUGUCGUUUCCGAAAAAGAAGACACCAAGGAUCAAGUUCAUCCCGCCGGCCAUGCCCCAGAAGAAUCUACUCAAAAUCCCACUGGCCGUGUGGAACGCAGCGCAAAGAGUGUAAUGAAACUCUCUACUGAGUAGAUGUGACUGUGCUUGGAUAAGCCAUCUAUGUAAAUGCUAGCAUACACUCUCUUGAUGUAAUUGUGCUUGGAUGAGCCAUCAAC